AUGGUGAAGAACAGUAUGUUAGCGACGGCUGCAUCAAUUCCGGAACGACGAUCGUUGAAGUUGAAUCCAACGAUUUUGUUAUUCAUGCAGCAGUAUGGGCGAUGGACAGAAGAGCAAAUUGUUGAGGAAGUGCUGAAGCAGAACUUCGAGAGCUCAAUUUUCGCAACCUACGAGCUAUUGUGCGAUAAAGUUGGGAAAAAUUCUUUGGAAGGGCCAACUGACGACCAUCCGAGGCGUGGAUCACGUGGAUCAAUUUUAAGUGGGAAGGCCAAUGUGGAACCAGAAUCUGUCACGCCGACGAUCUCUGCUCAUCAUCUCGCCCAGCUGAAUUUGUCGACGAGUUUCGAAUGUGACUCCGACGACUCAUCCACUUCUGACAUCUGUGAAGACUCACCAUCGAGUUCUAGUCGAAAUCGAGCUCAGGGUCGAUGUCAGUUUGGUGUGGCAAUGAAACAAGACGAAAGCAGUCGUAACGAGCACAGGAGGCAUACGUUAUGUGCGAGCGAACAGAUUUUGUCACCAGAUAUGAUGGCACAGCUUCCUCUCGGUUCGCCACUUCACCAGGCAGCCCUUAACCACACGGCGCUUACCAAUAUGGCAAGCAAUCCGGGUGGUACGAAUCUCUUACCCUCGCCUCAACCGCCUUUGUUUCCUGGCCUACCGCUUUUGCCUAUUUUGGACUAUACACGAAUGCUGCCCGUUCCAAACAGUGAACGACGUGCUUCGGCUGGCGAAAAUCUCUUGAAUCCGGGUGCUAUAGAAAACAUGAAUCACAAUGUUCAAUCUACUCCAACGGGUACUGUCACUGGUAGUGUUGAGGAGGAGGGAGAAGGGUACCUAAGCAAAUAUGCUGGGAAAAGGAAUACUGUGCAUGGCGCAUCUUCACCAUUUGGUCCAUCGUCUCCAGUACCACGGCAUAGUCCUUACACGAAAGCGUCAUCAACGGAAAGGCGUAGCAGUUGGGCUUCACCGGCAAUCACAGCUCAACAACAUCAACAACUAGAACGACUGUACCGGCAAGCGAUAUCUAGUUCAGGUGGUAAUGACUUGAUGGGAAUCCAAGCAUUGCAAAAGGAGUUCCAGCGACUUGGACAAAUCGCUGCACAGGGCUGCAGUCCAACGGCGAGCAGAUCACCAACGCACUUCUUCGAUCACCGAACAGCUCAAUUUGGAUGUCCUCGUAUAUCCAUAACUGAUGAACACAAUCGAAGUCUCGCACAAGGUUCCAGCUUAUUCGAUCCGGUUAAUUUGUUCGAGCAGAAGGUGAACGAGAUGGUUUUUGGUCAAAGACCGGCUACAGUCAUUGGGUUCGCUUCAACAUCAAAAUCAGGAACAUCUUCACCCGAGCAAAAUAUCAAAUUGGACGAUAAGGAAUGUAUAGACGACAGAGUGAAGGUUUUCAGUAAGUAUUUAUACUUUGAAUACGUGACUGUGGAACAGCAGAGAAUUCCUUCAAUCAAUAUAUCGGCUAAUUGCACUUAA